CACUUUACCCUACACAUUCCAUACUCUAAAUUUCUCCAAAUUCACAAGUUUUUUUGGCAAGUAGAAAAAUGGGAUUUCUUGGAAUUUACAUUGUAAUAAUCCUAGCAAUUUCAAAAAGAAUUGAAGGAUAUUCAAGUGGAUGGUCUAAUGCUCAUGCAACUUUCUAUGGAGGAGGUGAUGCUUCCGGAACAAUGGGAGGAGCUUGUGGUUAUGGUAAUCUCUACAGCCAAGGAUAUGGAACAAGCACAGCAGCUAUAAGUACUGCUCUAUUCAAGAAUGGACUAACAUGUGGUGCAUGUUUUGAGAUAAAGUGUGUAAAUGAUGCGAGGUGGUGCUUACCUGGUUCCAUCAUUGUCACAGCAACAAACUUUUGCCCUCCAAAUAGUGCUCUUCCGAGCAAUAAUGGAGGCUGGUGCAAUGCUCCUCUGCAGCACUUUGAUCUUUCUCAGCCUGUUUUUCAACACAUAGCUCAAUUCAAAGCAGGAAUAGUUCCUGUUCAAUACAGAAGGAUAGCUUGUAGAAAAUCUGGAGGCAUAAGGUUUACAAUAAAUGGCCAUUCAUACUUCAACCUAGUCCUAGUAACAAACGUUGGUGGUGCUGGUGAUGUUGUGUCUAUCUCCAUUAAAGGAUCAAGAACUGGUUGGACAGCAAUGUCACACAACUGGGGACAAAAUUGGCAAAGCAACACUUACCUAAAUGGUCAAGCACUCUCUUUUAAAGUCACCACAAGUGACGGACGUACUGUCAUCUCCACCAAUGUUGCUCCACCGAACUGGUCUUUCGGCAAAACCUACACCGGCAGACAGUUCUAGCUCUUAUACAUAACUUAAGCGAUAACUAACCAACCAAUACGAGCACUUUUAGCCAUUGCUCGUUGGUCGAAGAUCAAGAAGUGAGUUAUUUAUCUGCAAAAAAAUUACUUGUAGCUGAACUGAAGAGUAGUAGUUAGCAUUAAUCAUAUGUAAUGAACAAAAAUGUUGGUGUGAAAACAUGUUAUUUGGUGUUGGAAAAUCGUCUAAUUGUAAUCUAGAAAAUUGUUUGGUGUAAUUGGGGCAUGUUGAAUAAAAUAUUUCUAUGUUCUGUCGUGAGAA